CUUACGGGACGGGGACGGGCCGUGAGGUGACCGGGCCGGGCGGGCGGCGGGGCGCGGAGCGGCCUCCUGAGCGGCGUCGCCCGCCGGCGCCGCGGGGACAAGAUGGUGAAGGAGACGGAGUACUACGACAUCCUGGGGGUGAAGCCGAGCGCGGCGCCCGAGGAGAUCAAGAAGGCCUACCGGAAGCUGGCGCUCAAGUACCACCCGGACAAGAACCCGGACGAGGGCGAGAAGUUUAAGCUCAUAUCCCAGGCAUAUGAAGUGCUUUCAGACCCAAAGAAAAGGGAGAUCUAUGACCAGGGCGGCGAGCAGGCGAUCAAGGAGGGGGGCCUGGGCAGCCCCAACUUCUCGUCCCCCAUGGACAUCUUCGACAUGUUCUUCGGCGGCGGAGGGCGGAUGGCUAGAGAGAGAAGAGGCAAGAAUGUUGUACAUCAGUUGUCUGUAACUCUUGAAGAUUUAUAUAAUGGAGUCACAAAGAAAUUGGCCCUGCAGAAAAAUAUAAUUUGUGAGAAAUGUGAAGGUGUCGGCGGGAAGAAGGGCUCCGUGGAGAAGUGCCCGCUGUGCAAGGGCCGCGGGAUGCAGGUCCACAUCCAGCAGAUCGGGCCGGGCAUGGUGCAGCAGAUCCAGACCGUGUGCAUCGAGUGCAAGGGCCAGGGCGAGCGCAUCAACCCCAAGGACCGCUGCGAGGGCUGCGAGGGCGCCAAGGUGGUCCGGGAGAAGAAGAUCAUCGAGGUGCACGUGGACAAAGGCAUGAAGGACGGGCAGAAGAUAGUGUUCCACGGGGAGGGCGACCAGGAGCCCGAGCUGGAGCCCGGGGACGUCAUCAUCGUGCUGGACCAGAAGGACCACAGCGUCUUUCAGAGGCGAGGCCAUGACCUGAUUAUGAAAAUGAAGAUCCAGCUGUCCGAAGCGCUCUGCGGCUUCAAGAAGACGAUACAAACCCUGGACGAGCGCGUCCUCGUCAUCACGUCCAAGUCAGGGGAGGUGGUGAAGCACGGGGACCUGAAGUGCGUGCGCAACGAGGGGAUGCCCAUCUACAAAGCGCCCCUGGAGAAAGGCAGCCUGAUCAUCCAGUUCCUGGUGAUCUUUCCCGAAAAGCACUGGCUUCCUCCGGACAGGCUCUCUCAGCUGGAAGCUCUGCUGCCCCCCCGGCAGAAGGUGAGGGUCACGGAGGACAUGGACCAAGUGGAGCUGCAGGAGUUCGACCCCAACGACCAGAGCUGGCGCCAGCACCGGGAGGCCUACGAGGAGGACGACGACGGGCCCCGGGCCGGGGUGCAGUGCCAGACAGCCUGAGCCGCCCGAGCGCGCGGCGGGUGUAAAGCUGGCACAAUGAAAACGGCAUCGCUUUAACAGCCUGGUCGGGGUGUCCCGUGUAUGUGUUCAGCAUCUUCAAUGGCUGAGUGUCUCUUUGGGUUUUCUUUUGGUUGUAACCUGUUGUAACUUAAUUUAUAUUUAAAUGUUUUAAGUGUAAACCACCUCCAGUCUGCACACGGAAUCAGUUUAUUUCCACGUCCGGGGUCCUCGGCAGGCCAGGGGCCGCACUGACGCGGCGAGCUCGGCGAGGCUCCGCCUGCCUCUGCUCCCCCACAGCAGCAGAGUCCGGGCCGCAGCCCUUGGUCUGCGGCCCCCGCCCCGGGGCCCCGGCCCAUGCCUGGUCUGGUCUGGGUCUCUCUCCUUCCCUCCCACGCAGAGGAGGCACCCAGGGCUGACCUCCGCGCUGCGAACGGAAUGUUCGAGUCUGGCUUCCCGCCGACCCUCCUCCUCGCGAGCAGAAGUGCGUCUGUGGACUGGCCCUGGCUGCAGCGCCCGUCCACGCGGACUGGGCCGCGGCCGCCGGGGCUCCCGGCGCUCUGUGCCCGAGUGAACGGAGUGGAGUAUCAGUGUGUCUGGUCACCUCUCCUGGAGGCUUCCUGAACCCUCCAGGCCUCCUCCUGCUGCUGAGGACAAACCAGUGUUGUGACACACGGGUGUAACUGUUCGCCUGUGCCUCCUGCACCAACUGCACCUCGUUCUUGGUGGUUUUGAUGAUUUUCUGUCGACUAACAUUGGCAUGCUUGAUGCUCCCACCAAAGUGCUUCCUCGUGAAGAGAAUGAAACCUUCUGUGUCCCCAGCAGCCUCGGUGCAGCCACGAAGGAUGCGGGUGGUCUGCCCCUGGCACUUCCUGCACAGCUGGGGUCUGUGGGGGCACCCGACGCCAGUGUUCCACCCCACCCGCCCGCCCAGACUCGGCGCCUCCCGCCACACAGCCACAGACGGGCGCCCUGCUCAGGACGGGUUCUUUCGCUCCCGGCAGGCGGCCCCAGUUUAAUUGGGGGGUUACCUCGACUCUGAGCCGUUACUCCCCUCCUUCCCACAACAGUCACGGAGAAAAACUACCUUCUAAGCUGCUGGGCUAAAGCAGAGGCCACUCGUCACCUGCACCGCUAGGUCACACAGCACCUACAAGUGUGGCGCAGCCAGGGGCCCCCCCAGGAGCGACGGUUUGCUCGACGUGGGUGUGGGAGAGCCCACGGUGCCACUGUGAUCACCGGUCAGGACAGACAGAAACCCGUGCUUCCGACGGAGCCCGCGUGGAAAUCUGUGUACAGACGGACGGACCGCACCGGCCGGGCGUCCCGUCCCUGUGCUGGGACUUCCUCAUAAACAAUCGCCGGAGAGCGGUUUAGUGGGCGGCGGGCCAAGCUGCAUUCGGCUCCUUCCUUCUCAUGUGAGUGGAAUCUGGAGGGUGUUGCUUAAAAUGUAUCCCACCUGUACAUUUGUCACUUUAAAAUUAAAGUUGAGCUGGUAUGAGAGACAAA